AUGGCAGCCACAAACGUUGCAAAGCAGACCAUCCGUCGGGCACAGCUAUAUGUCCCCGGCUCCUCCAUGCGCUUCCUCGAAAAGUCCCGGGGCAUAGCAGCCGUCGACUCCAUCGCCUACGACCUCGAAGACUCCGUAACCCCCAGCAAAAAGCCCGAAGGCCGCCAGAACGUCCUCGAAAUCCUGAACCGUGACCGCGCCCCAGGAAUCCGCGAACAAGCCGUCCGGAUCAACGCCGUGGACUCUGGCUACGCCUUAGACGACCUAACCACGAUCCUGAAAGGCAAGAACCUCGACGCCAUCGUCGUCCCCAAAGUCGACGCCCCCAAAGAUCUCCACUUCGUCACGGACGUGCUUCGACAAAUCCUUCCCGAACGCCAUUCCGCUGGCUCAACGAACCCCAUCAAGAUCGUCGCCUUAGUAGAAUCCGCCCGAAGCGUAAUGAAUCUCAACUCCAUCUGCGCCGCAUCCCCCUACCUCUCCGGCCUAACCUUCGCCGCCGAAGACUUCGCCAUGGACCUCUCCCUAACCCGGACCCCCUCCCUGCACGAAUUCCUCUACGCCCGCUCCGCCAUCGUGACCGCCGCGCGCGCCCACAACCUCCCCAGCACCAUCGACCUCGUGUCCACGACGUUCCGCGGCGAGGAAGGGAAGCGGCAACUCAGGGAGGAGUCUGAGAAUGGGAAGCGGUUUGGGUUUAAUGGGAAGCAGUGCAUUCAUCCCGAUCAGGUCGGGGUUGUGCAGGAGGUUUUUAGCCCGGGGGAGAAGGAGGCGGAGUGGGCGGUGAGGGUGGUGGUUUGUGAUGAGAAGGCGGAUAGGCAGGGGAGGGGGGCGUGGACGUUGGAUGGGAAGAUGAUUGAUGUGCCGGUGGUGGGGAAGGCGAAGGCUAUUGUGGCGAGGGCGGAGGUUUGUGGGUUUGAUGUUGCGGCGUUGAAGGAGAGGUUUAAGGACGAGGAGCCGCAGUGA